UGCAAAAUCAAGUGAGACCACAAAGGAAGAGAAGACAUGACUGUCGUACUUGUGCUGCUGUCCCUGGUGCUCAUUUUGGAGAAUGCACAUUCCCAGCUUGCUGAAACCAACUGUCAAUAUUUUGCAAAUGCUCUACCUCUCCGACUCAAGGAGCUCAGGGGCACAUUUAAUAAGGUUAAAGAAUAUUUUCAAACCCAAGAUGAAGAGCUCGACAUCAUGCUGCUAAAACAGGAUUUACUGGAGGAUUUUAAGGGAUAUUUGGGCUGCCAGUCAGUGGGAGAAAUGAUCCAGUUUUAUCUGGAAGAGGUCUUGCCAAAUGUAAGCUCGAGCAAUACUAUCAACCAAGACGUUGGCUUUCUUGGAGACAUGCUGCUAGAACUGAGACAGUUAAUCAAGCGCUGUCACAGGUACUUCAUAUGUGAAAAGAAGAGCAAGACAAUAAAGGACAUCAAAGACACAUAUAAAAAGUUACAAGACAAAGGCAUCUACAAAGCAAUGGGAGAAUUUGACAUCUUCAUUAACUACAUUGAAGAGUAUCUUAUGAUGAAGAUGAGAAAAUGAAACUAUAAAACUUUGGGGGGGGGGUUUCAAUUGAGAAAUUGUUAUUUAUAGCAUGUUACAGAAAAUCAUUGGCAACAUACAAUAGUUUUUUUAACUUAAAUAUAUUUAUUAAUUCAGAUACCUCAGUUUUUAUGGUGUGCACUUUUUACAUUUUUAUACUUUUUAAAAAAAUAGUAAACCUGAUACAUAAUGUAUUGAUGUUUUUUAUAAGACAUUAUUUUCCUCUUUGUUGGGGGAUGAUUAAUAUUGUACUAUUCCAGGAAAUUGUUUAAAAGAGGUAAUAAGCCACUGCUUUGAUGAUUACCUAGAGUAUAUUCAAAUAAAAGGAACAGAGAAACAUAGAAAGAUGGUGUGAAUUAUUGUCAAUUGUGCUAGUACGAAUGGUCAUUUGUAAAGGUUGACAACAACCUUUGCUGAAUCAGAAUGUAAUGAGCUAAUAUUGGAUACUCAUAGUCACCAUAAGUCAAAGUUGGCAUGGCAGCAAAUAACAACA